CAAUCACAUGUAAAUAUUUCUCUACUGUUCCCGCCCACCAAUCAAUGACAGACAGAAACUACAACCAGUUAAAUCUAAGAAUGGUCUAAGCUGGCGCGCCCAACACAUCAGAAAACAGACAUAAGUUACAUCCAAUCACAUCCUGAACUGUCCCGGCUGUUUCCACCCACUCACUGAUGACAGACAGAAAUUUUGACGAAUCAUGUUAGGAAAUAUCUGAGUUAUUCCCACCCACCAACCGGACACAGAAAAAACUACAACCAAUGAGGCGCCAAUACCUGACUAGACGAAUGACAGUGUGAAUACAGUAUAUCAUGUCAGGUUUGACAUUCUUUUUGGAUGUUUGGAUAUUUGUUUGAAUGACGCAGGUGUCUUAAAUGUUGUGUAUUAUAUAAAACUAUAUAGGGAGUAACGAUUCGUGAAUGAUUACCUUUAAGUUAAACAAUUAUUACCGUGAUUCAGUCAGUGUGACUCUACCGAAGAGUCAGAGUCAGAGUGUCAUAGUUACAGGUCUGGCUCAUUCAUUUUUUGCUCUAAAACAGCUAUUCCUUUGAGAACACACAACUAACAGCCACUUUUGUGAACCAGUGUCCUGCUCGUUUCCUUUGAACUUCCUGGGCCUCCUGGAGCAGAGAGACCCGUGCUGCGUUUCUCCUCUUGACUUCAGGAGAAAUCGAGUCUCACCGGCCCACGGGAGCGAAUGGCCGCCAUUGGCACGUGGGCCUUCUCGGAGCCCGCGGUGGAGAGGAUCAGGUCCCUCGUAUCGGCCGGGCUGCACGCCACUGACGUGGUGGAGAGAGCUGUGGCAGAGGUGGAAGACGACGGGGAGACGGGGCGCUUCGUCGUGGGCAGAGGCGGCUUCCCGACUAGCGCGGGGGUCCUGGAGUGUGAUGCGGCCAUCAUGGAGGGCGUGGCGGGGCGCUUUGGGGGCGUGGCCUCCCUGAGAGGAGUGGGGACGCCCAUCCGCGUGGCUCGUAGGGUGAUGGACAGGAGCCCCCACAGCCUGCUGGUUGGGGAGGGGGCUGCGGCUUUUGCCCAGGAUCAGGGCUUUCCCCUGGAGCCCAAUGAGAGCCUGCUGACCCCCAGUGCAGUUGCUGCUUACCAGGAAUUUCUGGAGAAGCAGAGAAGAGUCCCUGGACACGAUACACUGGGGCUCAUUGCUCUGGAUCUGCAGGGGGGCAUCGCCGUCGGCGUGUCCAGCUCGGGGGUCCCCUUCAAGUCUCCUGGGAGGGUGGGAGACUCGCCGCUGCCAGGCUGUGGGCUGUAUGCCGAUGACACGGCGGGGGCUGCAGCAGCGACGGGGGAUGGCGAUAAGAUCAUGUGCUUCUGCCCAAGUUUCCACACCGUGCAGCUCAUGAAGCAGGGUUUACCGCCUACCGAGGCGUGCGAGGCUGUCCUCAGGGACGUUGCCCGGAGAACAGCCCCCGACGAGGUCUUCGAACUCGGACUGGUGGCCAUGAACAUGAAGGGGGAAGCGGGUGCAGCUGCCACCAUGGAGUUCCCCUACACCUUCUGGAAUUCCGGCAAGGACUCUGUGCAGAAAUGCGUCCAGGAACCAGUCGCUGGGCUCAACAUCCUGUGAUCGGACCCACCGAACGACGUCUUCGCCGGUUUGGUGGCGGCCAAAGGGUUUGACCCUGAUCUCAGGCCAACAUUACUACAUUUACCAGGGUAAACAUAUGGGCCUAGUGUUGGCGGAACUGAACGCUGCUCACAGCUUUGUCCUCCCACUUUUUCUUUCACUUUUGUUUUCACUGAAAUGGUGCGACUCACAGCUGUGACAGGAAGCCUGAGAGACGAACACCAGAACGAUCAAAGAUUGUUGGAUUAAUGACAUUUUUUUAUGUUGUCUCCAUAUUUGAAAAGAUAUUUCUGUUAAUCAUAUGUUGCAAAAUAAAAUGGCUUGGAUUAGCAUGUGAAUGAGAUGCUUGA